UUCGUUGAGGGGGUGAUUACAGUGGUGUUUUUUACACUAGACGACUGGACAAUAUAAACUAACUGUCUAACACCAGAAGACGCGCGAAACUUGAUUUGUUGUGAUGAGGAUUUGAAUGGUUUUUAAAACUUUCGAUCAAAGAAUAGGAGUGGUAUCCAAGUCAUUUAAUCAGCAUGGGUAUCCAUGGACUGAUACCAUUUGUGAAGGAUGCCACAGAGCAAAUUAAUAUCAGGAAAUAUGCAGGUUAUACUGUCGCUGUGGAUACGUAUUGCUGGCUGCACAAAGGUGCUUUCGCUUGUGCAAUGCAGCUUGCUAAAGGAGAGGUGACGGAUCAAUAUGUACGCUAUUGUAUGAAAUUUGUCAAUAUGCUGCGUUCAUUUAAUAUAAAACCAAUUUUGGUGUUUGACGGCUGCAAUUUACCUUCCAAGAAACAUGUUGAAAACAGCAGAAGAGAGAGGCGAGAAACGUUUAUGAAGAAAGGGAAACAGUUUUUGAGAGAAGGAAAAGUGAAUGAAGCAAGGGAUUGCUUUACACGAUCCAUCAACAUUACCUCAAAAAUGGCAUUAGAAGUCAUGGAGGCUGCAAGGUCGGUAGGAGUUGAUUGCAUCGUGGCCCCAUAUGAAGCGGACUCUCAGCUUGCCUAUCUUAACAAAGUUGGAAUAGCAAAAGCAAUUAUCACUGAGGAUUCAGAUCUCAUUGCUUUCGGAUGUGACAAGGUUGUGGUCAAAAUGGAUAUAAGUGGUAAUGGACUAGAAAUAAGUUCAGCAAGACUUGAUAAAGCCAUGAAAAUUGGAACCAAGUAUACAAUGGAUAAGUUCCGGUAUAUGUGCAUCAUAUCAGGCUGCGAUUAUCUUUCAUCGUUACCUGGGAUUGGGCUGGGAAAAGCUCGCAAACUGUUCCUACUCUCAUCAAAUCCAGAUGUUCAUCAGUUGUUAAAGAAGAUGCCAAUGCAUCUAAAGAUGAAGUUAGCUGUUGGAGAAGACUACAUCCAAGGCUUUCAUCAGGCUAAUAAUACUUUUCUAUAUCAACUUGCAUUUGAUCCCUUGAAACGCAAACUCGUUCCUUUGAAUCCAUACCCACCUGAAAUCAAUCCAGAAGACAUCAAAUAUGCCGGAAAAUACAUUGACGAUGAUGUCGCACUGCAGAUGGCGUUGGGAAAUGUAGACGUCAAUACUGGCCGCAAAGUUGCUCACUAUGUGCCAGAAUCAAAGAAGUAUGUUGAUCCUAAGACACCUUGUCAUCUAUUGAGUAUCUGGCAUGACAAAUACAAACCAGGACCAAAAUAUGGAGCAGACGACCCUCUGAAGGUACAGCAUCCUUCAACUAAAAACAGCCAAACAACUGUGAGGACACCUGCAUUCAAAAGGAAAGGGAAGAAAUCUAAAGAAAGAGAGAAUAAUUUCUCGUUGGAACAUGAAUCUGAUCUUGCAUCAAUGUAUGGUUCUCCAUCAAAAUCCAAGAAGAGAUCCGUUCCUGAGACGCCAGAAAAGGAUUCAAAGGUAGAAUCUGCCAGGCAAUCAGAUCAACCCAAAGUAAAACGGAAUCGUUUUGCAGUUAAACGGCUCUCUUCAAAAGAACGCAAAGAUCUCAUUAAUGAGGGUGCAACUCAGAAAAGCAGGUUUUUCACAGCUCCAACAGUCAAACCAAAUACUAAUAGUUCAGAUGAUGAGAGUGAAAACGACUCUAAAAACACUUCGAUUCUGUUGGCAGAAUUAGAAGGAACGCAAGAUGAAGUUUCAGAAAAUGACAAAUGUGAUGAAAUUGCUGAAAACAACAUUCCCAAAUCGGCUCAGUCAAAAUUACAGAAGUUCAAAAGGUCAUCACCUCUGACAUCUGAUAGACAAGUUCCAGGAACAUCAUGUAAGCAGACCAAAGUGGAUGACAGUUCAAGAACCAAUACGCCUUUAUGUGAACAAAAUCAAGAAAAACAAAACAUGCUGUAUGAAUAUGAUUCUGAAUUAAGUAGCAAGAGGCCAGUUUCGUCAAAAGGAGCAUUUUCUUGGAAAAGGAAAAUUGGCAAAAAUGAGAAAAAACUAGAUUCUUGUAAACAUCCAUCAGGAAAAAAUUCCAAUAGUAGCAUCAAAAGCUUCUUGAGUUCCUUUAGAAGGAAUUCAGAUAACGACCUGAAUACACCCGUUGAUGUCAAUGACAUCGACCAAAAGAGUACGGUUCAAGAACAUCCAGAUGUAAUAGUUGUUGAUGAUGAUUCGGAUAAUGAGCUGUCACAAACAUCUUUCAAACUCUCCCAGAUCAGCGACUUGUAUAGUAUUGAUGGUGAUGCAAGUCAGUCGCAACAGAAUUCAACUCAGCUAAGUCAGUCGCAACAGAAUUUAACACAGCCAAAUCAGUCGCCACAGAAUUCCACUCAGCUAAGUCAGUCGCAACAGAAUUUAACUCAGCUAAGCCAGUCGCAACAGAAUUGGACACAGCCAAGUCAGUCGCAACAGAAUUUAACUCAACUAAGUCAAUCGCAACAGAAUUCAACUCGGCUAAGCCAGUCACAGCAGAAUUCAACACAGCCAAGUCGGUCACAACAAAAAUCGACUCAGCCAACUCAGUUGCAGAAUGACUCACCACUAUCGGAUAACGGUGGUACUGACUUCUCAAUUCCAAACUCUCAAAGCAUUUCUUUCAAAAAUUCUUAUGAAGGAAAUGAAUCGAGUCAGGAAAGUGUCCUGAGUAUUUCUAUUCCUCCUUCCAAUAUGGGCUCCUUAAAUUCCGAGCCAUGUGAACCCAGGCUACCACAAUUUGACACUGAUCAUCUAAGCAUUGUCAAUGUUGAUGGGAAUUCGCAAGGUCGCGUAUCCACAAACAAUUCCGUAGAUUGCGUCACUAGUUCAUACUUUACAAAUAAGACCAACACAGAUGGCAAUAAAGAGGUCACGAGUAGGUCAACUAGUGCCACGAUGAAACAAAACAAGGUCAGAUGUGGACUACAGCAAAGGAAGUCAGCACCCUGUACACCAGUAUCUAGUUUAGUGCUGUCCAGUCAUAUAGGACCCUCUAAGAAUGUUGGAUUGCGCAGACGUAAUGGUACCAAGAGGAAAGCUUUUGAUGAGAACAGCACACGUCAAAUCAAAAUGACAAAAUUCUUUGCUAGCUCAGCCAAAAUGUCUUCAGAGUGUCCAGACAAGCUGAAAAUCAAACCACUUUUAUCACCUGUGAAUACUGCACCAGAAUGCACCCCAGAGUCGGUGACAAGUGUUAGAUUGAUUGAGGGCGCUAAAGUACAAAGGAAUAUCUUCAUUUGAACAACUUCAUCGCAUACCGUUUUAUUGGUUUUACCAGAUGACCUGUCCAAGUCUUGCCGACUCCUUGGAAAUGCGACUCCUUGGAAAUGAGACAAAACCGCACAAAUAAUUUUAUACUACAAAAUUUAAACUUGGUGCUAAUAUAAUCUUGUGUUGCUAUAUGGUGAUCAGUUUCACCUUAGGCUGUAAGGGUAAAUAUGAAAUUAGUUUUUAAGAUCAUUUAUUUCAGUGCCAAAUAUUAGUUUAAGCAGCCAAAUUUUAUCAUAGAUCAAUUAAUUUUAUAAAGUGAAUUUAAGGCCAUUUAUAUUUACUGUAUAAACUUACUGAACAAAUUUUGUAGGUGGACUAUGAUCUUUCAGAAACUUGCAUAAUUUUAUAUGGAUAUGAAAUUUACCAAUAAAGUGUUUUAAUUGAUUGUUUAAAAUAAAGGAAACAAAAAAAAA